GUCACUACUUUCAAAAGGAAGAGAAGAGACUAAAUUGAUUUGAUGCUGUCUGAUAUCUGUAACCACCUCACUUCUUUGUCUUCACAGUAGUUGUGCCAUGCAAUUAUUGAAACAACAUAACCAUGCCCUCUGUUGUCUGUUUGGCUUUGUACUGCUCUACAAUUUUUUAUCUUGGAGUAUAAACAAUCUACUCUUGAGUCAGAUUGAGACCAGCGGACCAAAAAUUCUCGAGCAUAACAUCACCAUCCUCCUGUGGCACUGGCCUUUCGGAGUUCACUACAGAGUGGGGAGAGGUGUCUGUAUGGAUAAAUAUGAAAUCCCUAGAUGCUUUCUGGAGGAUAACCAAUCCAAUUUCGCUCAAGCAGAUGUUGUAGUGUUCCACUACUAUGAGCUCUGGACUGGUCACUCCAAACUUCCUCUCCACCUUGCACGUCCACCUAUGCAGAAGUGGCUUUGGUUAUCGCUGGAACCUCCCACAAACAACCACAACCUUAGCAACUACAACGGCUUGUUCAACUGGACGAUGAGUUAUCGCCGUGAUGCUGACAUCUUCAUGCCAUACGGAGAACUCGUUUCUAAAAGGACUAAUGCCACGUACAUCAUUCCGAAGAAGAGCGACUGCCUAGUUUGCUGGGUGGUCAGCAAAUACAAAGCCAAUCAGAGUCGCUCUCUAGUUUUCCAGCAGCUGAAGAAACACAUUCCGUCAAAUCUGAUAGAAGUAUACGGUCAGUGGUCCAAGCGGCCGCUCUCAAACAAAAAGCUGCUUUCCACGAUAUCUCGAUGUUACUUCUACCUUGCCUUUGAAAACUCAAUAUCUACAGACUAUAUUUCGGAGAAGCUGUGGCAGAACUCCCUUCAGGCAGGGAGUGUGCCGGUGGUGCUCGGCCCACCCAGGAACAUUUAUGAACUAUCAAUUCCACCGGAAUCAUUCAUCCAUGUAAAUGACUUCAGCAGCGUUAAGGCGCUGGCUAGUUUCUUAACUCAAGUGGCCGCUGAUAAAGAGCGUUAUGAAUCUUAUUUUAGAUGGCACCAUUACUAUGAUGUUAGAAUGUACACAGACUGGAGAGAGAGACUCUGUCAUAUUUGCAUGCAUUAUGACCAGCUCUCUAAGCAUAACAAAGUGUACAGUGACCUGCAUAGCUGGGUCAACAGUUAACCCUUACCC